AUGUCUCAACCUAUCACUACCGAUGUUCUUGUCACUGGAGGUGGUCCAGUCGGCUUGAUUGUUGCGUACAGUCUUGCAAGGCAAGGAGUGACAUCUCUUCUGGUUGAGCAGCACGAUAAGGAUCAGCAAGCCAUGUACGGCCGUGCAACAACGCUGUACCCUCGAACCCUCGAGAUGCUUGAUCAGCUCGACUUGCUGGAUGAUCUGAACCAGAUUGGCUACGUUGGUCGGAACAGCGUAACCUUCAAGGACGGCCAACGUGUGACUUCUCGCGGAUGGCACAGGAUGUUUGAAGCAAUGCAUGGAACCUACCUUGACUACUGCCUCAACAUCCGGCAAAAAUACUCGGAGGAGGUUAUCCGUGCGGCUUACCGAAAAUUGGGUGGCAACCCCUACAUUGGCUGGAAGCUGGAGUCGUUCUCGAUUGAUCAUGAGAGCCAGAACGACUACAAAGUGACGUCGCAAAUCCGCAAUGUGAGAACAGAUGAGACUGCAGUCAUAAAAAGCAAAUAUAUUGUUGGCGCUGAUGGCGGCCACUCUUUGGUACGACGUCUGGCAAAUAUUCCAUUUGAAGGCGAACAUACUUCCCACAGAUGGGUGCGGAUCGAUGGCCGCUUCAAGACAGACAUGCCCGAUGCGGAUAUAGGAUUUGCAUCUAUUGAGUCCAAGCACCACGGCAACGUGCUCUGGGUGCAAUUAGACCACGGCGUGAAGCGCAUUGGAUUUGCCAUGACGGAGGAGAUGCUCGCUAAGUAUGGGGGACGACUCACAGAAGAGGAUGCCAAACGAGAGGCCGUCAAGUCUAUGGAACCAUUUACGUUGGAGUUCGAGCGUGUGGACUGGUGGACGCUUUACACUAUCAAUCAACGUGUCGCCGAUACCUACAUUAGCAAUGAUAGACUCGUUUUGGCCGGCGAUGCGUGUCACACGCACUCUUCAGGAGCGGCACAAGGCAUGAACACUGGCGUCCACGACGCAGUCAAUCUCGCCUGGAAGCUUGGCGGUGCGAUCAAAGGCUGGUAUAACAAGACUGUCCUCGAAACUUACGAUACCGAACGCCGCCCGGCGGCGCAUCGCCUCAUCGAGCUCGACAAGGCCUUCUCUGCCGUGAUAUCCGGUCAAAUUCCAGACUCCCAUAAAGGACGGUACACCGAUGCUAACGAGCUCUUCACCAAGCUCCUUGACGAGACGAUCCAGUUCUCUAUCGGACUUGGCAUCCACUACGAAAAGAACGUGAUCAAUAGGGCUUCUACUACCGGUAUGGUUACCGCAGGCUGGAGAGCUCCAGAUGCCCUGGUAUACCCCCCUGGCUCGCAUCUGCCGGUUCGUCUGUUUAGCCUGACUAAGAAUUCCGGCCAAUGGUCCGUCGUGAUCUUUGCUGGAAUGCCUUUUGAGACACAAGCAGUUCUGGCGAGAGCAGUGGAAGAGCUGAGUGCUUCUGCAGCUGCCCUACCCGAUGGCAUGAUUCGGUUCUUGACUAUCGUCUCACAAAACGUUACCCAGGGCGACAGACUCUUCAGCAUUCCCAGGCUUGGCUACCUCUGCUUUGACCAAGACCAGUCGGCUCAUGCUGCCUAUACCAUCUCGCCUGGAAGGGGCGCAGUGAUGGUACUGCGACCUGACGGGAUACUUGCUCAUGCUGCAGCGCUGGAGGAUGUUGGAAGUGUGGUCACUUUCUUAUCUAGUUUGACUGUGUAG